AUGGCCAGCGACAAUUCUCUAAAACUGCCGCGGAUCCUCUGCCUCCACGGAGGCGGCACGAACGCUGACGUGUUUCAACUCCAGAGCCGCAGCAUUAUCCGGCGCCUCGGUUCGACAUUUCGCUUCGUUUUUAUUAACGCACCCUUCUACUCGGACACGCACCCAGACAUUGUGCCUUUCUUUGGUGACCUGGCUCCAUUUUAUCGGUGGCUUCGGUGGGAGGGGGGCCACGAGCAUGAUGAAGAGGCCGAGUCCAAGAUCCUCGAGACGUGCCGCAGAGCCAUGGACAAGGACCCUGGCAGCGGCGCAUGGGUAGGCGUCAUGGGCUUCUCCCAGGGCGCCAAGAUUGCUGCAAGCCUCCUCUGGGCCCAAGAACAUGUUGACGGAGGCGACGGGCCCUUCAAAUUUGGCAUCAUCAUUGCCGGCCGCGCACCUAUUGUCGUCCUCGAUCCCCAGAAAAAACUGCAUCCCGUGCCCUACACGGCUAAUGCCAACCAGAUGAGUGUCGAGAGCAAGGACCUGGCCCCCGACAACAAGGGUCAACAUGCCAUCAGCAUACCCACACUCCAUGUUCACGGCUUGCAAGACCCUGGUAUGCAUCUGCACCGCGUUAUGGCCGAUAAAUACUGCAAGGAUGGGACUGCCCGCUCUAUUGAAUGGGAUGGUGGUCAUCGUCUGCCCAUCCGCCCAGACGAUGUAGAGAUCAUGGUGUCCGAGAUCCUCGACAUGGUCAAGGAUGCUAGCGUCCUGCCACGAGAGUGA